AUUUUUCGCUUCUGGGAAUAUUUUUCGUUUUUCAUAUUACUAUUCAACUACAGACACUGCAGUGGCAUUUCUCGCUUGCCUGUAAUGCUAUUCAAGACGUUACGCUCGUUUUCUUCUCUUCGAACCAUGUCAUCGAGAAACGAAUCCGACAGUACAGGCGUCAGCACGAUCACUUGCCAUAGCAAAGACGAGGACCCAUUAUCUGAAAAAUCGUUUUUACCGUCGAUUUGUCGUCGUGGUAAACGAUCGUUUUUCCGACACCUAUUUAACCCUUCCAACGGACAAUCGGGCAGCGUCCUGUCUACACACACCAAACGGCCUAUGCCGUGGACACCCAUGCUAAGCCAGUAUGGCACUCUUCAGCCACAUAAAAUUGGAGAAGGAUCAUCAGCUACGGUUCGCUUGUCCCAUUUAAGAACGAGUACAGGCAGCGUCCGAGUGUAUGCUGUCAAAUCAUUUCGAAAGCGGCAUUCGCAAGAGAGCGAAUUGCGGUACCUGAAGAAAGUGGCCAGCGAAUUUUGCAUUUCCGGCGUUCUAAGACAUCCCAACAUUGUCGAAACGUUUGAUUUGGUCAUGGAUAAGAAAGGUCGCUUAUACAUAGUGAUGGAUUAUUGUUCAGGAGGUGAUUUGUAUUAUGCUAUCCGUAGCGGUACGCUCUCCGUGGAUGAUGUUCAUUGUUACUUCAAGCAGUUAUUGAUGGGUCUGUCGUAUCUGCACAGUAUUGGGGUGGCCCAUCGUGACAUUAAACCCGAGAAUCUUUUGCUAAGGGAUGGGUUUUUAAAGAUUUCGGAUUUCGGUACGGCGGAUGUAUUUCGUCAAGUCGGACAAGAGGAGGACCGAUUAUCGGAUGGUCUGUGCGGGUCCACUUGCUACUUUGCACCGGAAAUCUUUCUUGGAAAAGGAUAUCAUGGCGCCAGGGCCGAUGUGUGGUCAGCCGGGAUUGUUUAUUUUUGCAUGCAUUUUAAUGGUGUGCCUUUCGGUUCAGCCCAAAAGAUCGAUCCCGGUUACCGUUGUUACCUGCGACAUUUCCCGAAACGGCAGUAUCCAUCGUUUCGAAAUUUAUCUCCAGGAUGGGAUCACUUGAUCUAUGCCAUGCUCCACCCACGCGCGGAAUUACGCAUCACAAGCAAAGAAGCGCUCCAACUGCCGUGUUUUGACCAUGUGCCCUGUCAAGUUCUUGGACACAGCAACCAAAGAUCAUCUUCCAUUAUCGAUAAACAGAAAUGGCGGUAAAAAACAAAAAAGGCUGUUUUAGACUGUUCCUGUGCUUUUUGACCGUGUGUAUUUUUCCAACAUCCAAACUACUUGUACAAUCCCUCACGUAUUAGGCAACCAUAAAACUAAAAAAAAAAAAGCAAUUGUACAAUUUUGUUAAUACUCUUUUCAUCGCACUUAUUCAACUACUCUUGCUCAAGUUACAGUCCUUGUACAUGCACUAGAGGGUGACACAAGCUGUCAACGAUCGAAAUGUCGACAUAUAGCUUUGCGUGCCGAAAACCUUUUUCUUUUAUGUGGACAAUAAUAAAAAUCUUA